AUGUCCAUGUCCGCCAUGGCUGAUCGGCUUGAGAAGGAUGGUAAAAUUGCCAUUGAUCCCGAUAUCCAUUAUUCUAGCAAUUAUGGCGAUGAUUGGCCAUCGGAAACAACAUCUAUCGGUUCCUCGAUCUAUAGGGGCUUGGAAGAGAAUGGUCGUCGCGUUCCAUCAGAUGAAAAGCAAUUUGAAACAUACGAAGCCGGGCAUCUACUAGCCUUGAUCAUGGACUCGGACCGAGAUAAUCCUCUAUUCUACUCUCCCAUUGGGGAUCACCCAAAGAACAUCCUCGAUCUUGGAACAGGUCAAGGCAACUGGGCCAUUGAUGUCGCCGACAUGUUCCCAUCAGCCAGCGUUCGCGGCGUCGACCUUUUCCCGCCACCCGUAACCUGGAUGCCACCAAACUGCAUUCUAGAAGUCGACAACAUCCUCGAACCAUGGACAUGGAACGAAGAGCAAGAUCUCAUUCACAUUCGCAUAAUGAUCGGCUCCUUCGACCCAUCAGAAUGGGAAACCGUCUAUACACAAUGCUACAACAAUCUCCGACCAGGUGGCUGGAUGGAACAACUCGAAGCGAAACCUUUCCUAGAAUGUGAUGACGGAAGUCUGCCGGCAGACAACGCUCUGCGAACAUGGGGCCCUAACUUAUUAGAAUGUGGGGAGCGUGCCAGACGACCACUCGAUACGAUGGAGAGGAUGAAAGAACGGUUUCAGAACGCUGGCUUCGUUGAUAUUCAUGAAAAAGAAUAUAAGUGGCCUAUUGGGCCUUGGGCUCGAGAUCAGAAAUUCAAGGAGGCUGGGGUUGUCAAUCUUCAGCAUUGGAUGUCUGGUAUGGAGGGAUGGUCGAUGUGGUUGUUGACGAAAUUCGGGGCACCGGAGCCGUGGUCUCACGAUGAAGUGAUUGUCUAUAUUGCGAAGUUGAGGGCUGAGUUGAAGAAUCCUCGGUAUCAUAUUUAUGAGCGAGCGCGACGGGUUUGGGGGAGAAAACCAUUUCCCGGAGAGGUUUCGCCAGUAGGGUCAAAGAAGGUCAUCAUCAAAACUGAGCGAAGGUAG